AACUUUAUUCGGAUCUGUUCAGACUUGGGACGUUUUAGUAGAAGUCAGUCGGUGCUAGAUCAGACUUGAUUUCUGAUUAAUUCCUGUUUUACUAAGUUUGUGCAUUACUAGACUCAGUCUGUAUCAACAACAACAAGCUACUGCACUGCAGAAACACAUGUGUUGUGCUGUUGUUUUAAUCCUGUCUGCUCUGAGAGGUGAUGAAGAUGGGAACAGCGCUGAUUUAUGAUGAGGAGAUGACCAAAUACAAACUGCUCUGGGUGGAUCCAGCGUGUAAGAUCGAGGUACCCGAGCGUUUGACUGUGAGUCAUGACGCUUUGGUCAGGAACAGCUUGGCUGAUCGAUGUGUCGCCAUACCUGUCCGCGAGGCCACGGAUGCAGAGAUUCUGCUGGCUCACAGUGAGGAAUACCUGGAGGCAGUGAAAAAGACUCCUUACAUGACUCUGGAGGACUUGAAGGAGUUCACCCUCCAGUAUGGUGAUGUCUACUUCCACCCAAACAUCUAUCACUGUGCCAAACUGGCUGUAGGAGCUGCACUGCAACUGGUGGACAGUGUUGUGACGGGGAAGGUGAGGAAUGGCAUGGCUCUGGUCAGACCACCAGGACACCACAGCAUGCGCAGUGCUGCCAAUGGUUUCUGUGUGUUCAACAAUGUGGCCAUAGCAGCUCGAUAUGCCAAACAGAAAUAUGGACUUGAAAGGGUGUUGAUUGUUGACUGGGACGUACAUCAUGGUCAAGGGGUGCAGUACUGCUUUGAAGACGAUCCAAGUGUGCUCUACUUCUCUUGGCACCGCUACGAGCAUCAGAAAUUCUGGCCUCAACUUAGAGAAUCCGACUAUGACAGCGUUGGAAAGGAGAAAGGGGCUGGAUUUAAUAUAAAUGUACCAUGGAACAAGGUGGGAAUGGAAAACAGUGACUAUCUUUCAGUCUUCUGUCACCUCCUUCUGCCAGUCGCAUACGAGUUUUGCCCAGAUUUGGUCUUGGUGUGUGCAGGCUUUGAUUCGGCCAUCGGUGACCCAGAGGGUGAAAUGUGUGCCACUCCAGACAUCUUCGCCCACCUGACUCACCUCCUAAUGAACCUAGCAGGAGGGAAACUGUGUGCAGUGCUCGAGGGAGGAUACAACUUGACUUCCCUCCCUCAGGCUGUGUGUCAGACAGUUCAGACUUUACUUGGAGAUCCUUUGCCUCAACCUGCAAACCUCAGCGGUCCCUGUACAAGUGCUCUCGAGUCCCUUCACUGUGUCCGAUCGGCUCAUAGGCCAUACUGGUCCUGCCUCAAACAUGCAGCUGAUCUACCCACCUCUGAUAUCAGCACCAAGCGCAUUAAAUUAGCAGAAGAAGAAGAAGAAAAGACGCCAAAGGAAGAAGAAAAAAGCACAGAGGAAAAGGUAUGGCCCGAGCCUCCAAAACGUGUUGCUCCUCCUGUUCGUUCUGUUGCACUGCUCCCCAAAGAUGUGACCUGUCCAGAAGGAUGUAAACGCUUCAGCUCCUCAGAGGCUCUCGACCCUCUCACAGUCAGCAAACUUAGGGAGAAUUUCCUCAAAGACGCAGAUGACGGUGAUGCUCUCACAACCCUCUCCAGUCUUAUCAGCAUUACAGAGGAAAUGAAGAAGAAUGAGAUUUGCAGUGGCUUGGCGCUGGUCCGUGAUGUCACCAUGGCGAUGAUGUGUGUUGUCCAGCAUGCUGCAGCUGCUCUUAGCAACCGGGUUUUGGUCGUGUGUGUCGGCAAUGGAAAGGUCCCGAGUCACAUCGCAGAAGAAGGGAAAGCACUUGUGGUGCAGAUUGGCAGUGAAAGCACAGAGGAACAGAAAUGCAAAUAUUACAUUCCUGUGUGUUUAAAGAAGGGCUGCAGUGACAUGUCAGGGUUCAUACAGGCUGUGUUUGGCCUCUUUUUACCUCUUGGAUACGAGUACGAUCCCAGUCUUGUUCUUUUGGUCCGGAUGCCAGAUAGUCGAAUACAUGACAGAAUGUGGCAACAACUGACAGCCCUGCUGCAGAGCUUUGCACAAGGACACACACUGGUGCUGAUGCAGGAGGAUGAGAAGGCAUGUGUCGGCCCCACAGCCUCCUCCCUCCUGGGUGACCCGGCCCCUCCUCUGGAGAGGCUUCAGGCCCCACUACCACAGGAUAUGGAGGCCAUGGAGAGACUUAGACACAGACUGCAGGCUGACUGGAAGCUCCUGCAGAUCACAGCACCAGAAAGUGGAGGAGGUGAUGAACACUAAAGCUGUGCUGCUCCUGUUUAAUCCUUAAGAACAGAUGGAGGAUGUCAGUCAGAUUUUCAGUACAGUUUAGUAUUUUUUUGGCAGUUUUUGCCAUCCAAGUGAGUCUAUACAUUUUACACAUUGUUUAAAGGAAACAGAACCUUUUAGCAUAGUCUAUGUAAUUAUUGUUGUCUGAUUCUGUAAAAUAUGUGUUUACAUCAUUAAUAUUCAUGAACCUACUGUCGGCCGAUGCAGUCCAAUCUGAUGGGCAACACAAAAUGGCAAAUUCCCCCACCAGCUCAAACUGUGUUGUUUUCUCACAAGUGUAUGCAGUCUAAAUGCAUUGCUUGGGCCUUUACAUAACUGUUAAUUUUUUUUCUCACUUCAUUAUUAAUUGAUCUGACUAUUGUAUAAGAUUUCUUGUAUGAACUCAUUAUUAAUUUAUUUUAAAACAUGUCAGAAUAAGAAAAAAGUCUCCAUCACAAUUUCCUAACCUGAAGUUCAUAUGUUCAAGCUGUUUGUUUUUUUUUUCAGCUCAAAACCCAAAAGCUGUCAUUUUGUUGUCAUGAAAGUCUAAGAAAAGUGGAAAGUAUUCACAUUUUACUGCAGCUCAAAAAAUCUUUUGAAAAAAAGAGCUGAUCAAAACAGUUGCCAUAUGUAGGUCUUGUGGUCAGCUAACUGAUUAAUUGACUAAUCAUUUCAUUUUAUAUGUUGUAAAAAUGACUCGUACAAUAAACCUAUGAUCUAAUUAGAAAUGUAGACUUAAUAAACACAUUUAUUGGUUUGUUAUA